UGCCACGACUAAAGGUCUAUCCUGUCCUAUUCUAUUCUAUUCCACAGGCUGCACAGGGUCAGAGUGGACGUUUUGGAGCAGGAAGCACCUGAAGGACAACGUUAAAGACAGUCAAACUUCCUCUGAGGAGAUGGACAGAAACGAGGAACUGAACAAAUUGUUUCAGAGGUUACGUGUAUUUAAACACUACAGAGCAGACAGACUGAGGAGCUGUGAUGAAAGGGAAAGACUAACAAAGCUGGCAAUGAGAAGCUGCACAGAUGAAGUCAUCCUGCAGUGGCUGAGAAAAAACUCAGAAUCUGAUGCCUUCAGCAAACUCACAGACAUGUUUGACUUCCUGAAGAAACACAUUGAUGAGGAGGAGAAGAAGAACCACAGCGAUGAUGUUCACAUCACCUUUGUGGCUCAUAGUUCAAUCAGAGACUUCAUGAUCCCAGCCAGCUGUUACCUGCCUCUGCCCACCAUCACUGACGUGCUCCUGUAUUCUCCCUGGAACUGCAUCACUUCUGGUUUACCGUACGGUAUCGCUACAGGAAAACUGAGGCCUCAGCACAGAGUUUUUUACUGCAACGAUAAAGAAAGCUGUACCAUUCCUGAUGACAAACAUCGACCUGUGAACCUGCCAGAUCACUGGAACUCACUGAAGAAAGCUGGAGCACAGAUGGUCCCAAACAUCACGGUUAGCCCUCUUCGAGAUGAUGAUGGAGUGUGGAAAAGCUUUGAGUCUCUCUCAGCUAAACACGGACCACCAGGAAGGAACAGCAUCGUCAUCCCGUUCAUCCUCCCAGGACGGGAAUAUGAAACUGUCCUGUUCUCUGUGGUGACCUUGGCUCUGUCCCUGGUGCUCCUCUCCUCCAGGUUUAAAGCCACUCUUCACUUCUCUGGUUGUCUUGGUGAUCAGUCUACUGGAAAGAAAUUUGAUAGGAAGCAUCUUCAGGAGCAGUACGCCUGCACCAUCGACAAGAGUAGGAUGGAAUGUUCACGUGAAGCUUUCAGAUGAUGAUAAAUGCUGCUUGUGUUACACAUGUUUGUGGACAUUUUAGUGUAAAGAUGAAGAUGAAAUGACAAAAGUUAUUUUUCUAUAUUUGAGGCUCAGAUUUAUGAUGAAUGGACUUGAAUCAUCACUUACACAUGUUCCAGCUCAUAAUCUGAUCAUAAUCUGCUAACAUCUGUGGAGGUUAUUAAUAUAAACAGACUCAGCUGUUCUCUGCUCGCUGCUCACAGGUGACGUGUGUUGGGAUUCAGAGAUUCUUUUAUUGUAACCAUAUAAUCUGCCUUAUGAUAAAUGUAUUAAUAACAU